AUGCCGUUGGCCUUAGUCGUACGUCAACUUAAAAGGCUUGUUCUUGAAGAACUCCCUUUUCCACAAUGUGGACUGAAGGAUCUUCUAAUCAAAGUAACGCAUGUUGCACAGAAUCCAACGGAUUGGAAAUCGGUUUAUUUUGGAGCUGCUAUGCCUGGAUCAAUUGUUGGUUGUGAUUUUUCUGGUGUAGUUGUCGAAGUAGGCAAAGAAGCUAUUGGUAACUAUAAAAAAGGAGAACAGGUAGCUGGUUGUGUUCCUGGUGGUGUACACGCUGACAUGGGCCUUCGUGGUGCUUACUCUGAAUAUGUUGUACAAGAAGCAUCACUUGUCUUUCGUUAUCCAUCUAAAAUAUCUCCGGAUGAAGCUGCCACAAUUCCACUUGCUUCAAUUACAGCAGCUCUUGGUCUAUUCCAUGAAAUGGGCUUACCUUUACCACCCACUACUACUACUACGUCUAAACCAGCGAUUCUCGUUUGGUCAGGUAGUACAAGUGUAGGACAAUAUGCAAUUCAGUUAGCUAAAGUAACCGGUUGUUUUGUAAUUACAACUGCAUCACCUGCUCGUCACGAUUAUUUGAAAGAACUUGGUGCUGAUGUUUGUUUUGAUUACAAAGAUUCAAAUGUUGUUUCACAAAUCAAGCAAGUAACGAAUGACAAUUUAAGUUAUGCUAUCGAUUGUAUCUCUGAAAAGGAAUCAAUUAAACAAGUAUGUGCUACAUUAACAGGUCAAAAUCCUCAAGUAGUUACUAUUCUACCACGAAUAUCCAGUGAAAUACCAUCACAUAUUAAAGAACGUAGCGUUUUAAUGUAUACUAUUUUUGGACAUGAAAUUAACGCGUUUCGUAAAGUCUACAAAGCAAGACCAGAAGACAAGAGAUUUGCUGAAACGUUUUAUAAAUUACUUUCUGAUUAUUUAUUACCAAACGAUCUUUUAAAACCAAAUAAAGUAACUAAAAUAUCUGGUGGUCUUAAUGGAGUUGAAAAUGGAUUCAAACGAAUGAUGGAAAAUAAAGUGGCAUGUGAAAAAUUUGUCUAUACAAUGGCAGAAACAACAAAACAUGAACCGAAAAUAAAUUCUAAUCUGUAG